GCUGAAAUAUAUCAAAGGAAGGAUUGCCUUUCUUUCCCUCUCCACCUUUAACAGUCAGUCCUUACACCAAAUUCCUCUUGAACUUUAAUUCGUUAAAAUCAACUUCAAUGUCACAAGCCUUAUUAACAUAAUAAUGAAGAUGAUCAGCUUCACAUCCACAAUGACCUCGUCACCGUGUUUUCGGGCCAACUUUGUUCCAGGUUCUUGUCAUGACUUCCAGUUUCAGCCCUCCAUGUCUUGUUACAUCAACCAUGCCCGCACGCCCCCUAGUUCUUAUCGACCUAAAUGUGCUUCUUCUAGGUUAGUAAUUAGUGGCAACCGAGUAGUGAAAUGCAGAGCGAGUGAAUCGGAGACUGGACCAGACGACGAUAAUGAUAAAGAAACAGACGUGCAUGAAGCGGUUGAAAUUGCAGAAUCAACGAAUUCAACUACUGAUAUCAUGGGGGAUGAUAAAGCAAAAGAUAAGAGCCAACUUAGUCAGUUGGAAUCACUCAACAAAUUCCUGGAUAGUUCCAAGGCUCAAGGACCAAUCGAGGAUCAAGGAAAAUCUAGUCAGCUCGAGAUGCUUAACAAGUUACUAAAUAAAGAAGUUGUCGAAGAGAAACCAAAAGAAGUCAUGGAGGUGGUUGAAAAUGUGGAGAUUACAAGUGGAUCACCCCUGCCAGGUGUAAAGCCACAACAACUUGCUGAUGUAAUCAUGAUCCCAAAGGAAACAAUUGACAUACUGAAAGACCAAGUGUUUGGAUUCGACACUUUCUUUAUCACUAGCCAGGAGCCAUACGAGGGUGGAGUAUUGUUCAAAGGAAACUUGCGUGGACAGGCUGCCGUGAGUUACAAAAAGAUAGACAAAAGGCUACAGGACACUUUUGGGGAUCAAUAUAAGGUUUUUCUUCUGAUUAACCCCGAGGAUGAUAAACCCGUGGCAGUUGUGGUUCCAAGAAAGACCUUACAACCUGAAACCACUGCUGUCCCUGAAUGGUUUGCUGCUGGAGCUUUUGGAUUAGUUACGAUAUUCACAUUACUACUGCGUAAUGUGCCGGCAUUGCAAUCCAACUUGUUAUCGGUUUUUGACAACCCCGAGUUAUUGAAGGAUGGGCUUUCUGGUGCUCUUGUAACUGCACUUGCUUUGGGUGUACAUGAAAUCAGCCAUAUUUUAGUUGCCAAAAGUGCAGGAGUUAAGCUUGGGGUUCCAUACUUUGUACCCAGUUGGCAGAUAGGCUCGUUUGGUGCAAUAACAAGGAUUCUAAACAUUGUACCAAACCGUGAGGAUCUUCUCAAGAUUGCAGCAGCAGGACCUUUAGCAGGAUUUUCAUUAGGUCUCGUUCUUCUUCUCUUGGGCUUUUAUUUGCCGCCAGCCGAUGGUAUUGGGGUCAUCGUUGAUGCUUCUGUAUUUCACGAAUCAUUUCUUGCUGGUGGGAUAGCAAAACUACUUCUUGGUGAUGUUCUUAAAGAAGGAGCAACAAUAUCUGUGAACCCGUUGGUGAUAUGGGCAUGGGCAGGACUUCUCAUCAACGCAAUCAACAGCAUUCCUGCUGGAGAGCUAGAUGGUGGACGGAUAUCUUUUGCAAUAUGGGGACGAAAGGCUGCAUAUCGUUUAUCAGCUGCUUCUAUCGUGUUAUUGGGGCUAUCCUCGUUACUGGAUGAUGUGGCAUUUUAUUGGGUAGUUUUAAUAUUCUUCUUACAACGGGGCCCAAUUGCUCCACUAGCCGAAGAAAUAAGUGAGCCCGACAACAAGUACGUUGCACUGGGGAUCCUAGUUUUGGUGAUGAGUUUACUAGUUUGUUUGCCCUACCCCUUCCCUUUCACAAGUGAAGCCAUUACAAGUCUUUAGUGCUACAAAUAAUAUACAUGAUCUCUUUAGUGUAGUGAAAUAAUGAAAAUAUAUGUCACCAUUUACACUUUAAAUUGUUGUUCAUGGAGGUGAGUGAAUUUUUCCACAUUUUGCGACACAUGGACCUCACCAUCGCCCUCAAAUAUAUAGAUUGUGUAACCUGUUAAAUAUGGUAUCGUGUUUGAAUUAAUUGACACAAUUAGUUUCCAUGUCA